UUUCAUUUCCCAGUUCAGUUCAUUCAAUUAAUUUUAUUGUUCUACGCUUUUCUCUGGGGCAUGACCACAGCACUCUUUUCACUUUGUUCUCACCUCUUAGAGUAUGCCCGUGAUGCGGCAACUGUUUAUUUUCUGCAGAUAUCCCGCUCUGCUGUGGGUUGUGGCUGGAAAUGAAAGUGUAGCUCACUUCGAAGAUCGAUAUAAUAAAAGUUGUUGUUUGAGGUUGAAUUUAGAAUAUCUUUCCUUUUAUUUCUCUAAACUUUAUUCAGUUUUCAGUAUUCGGUAGCGAUGACUUUACUGUAACGCCCAAUCGGUUGUUUUGGCUAAUGCGGAAGAAUAAUGGAGAAAGAGUGCGAGACGCUGAGGGAUUUCGUUUACGAGCUGCUGGCAUAUGCACACGCGGGGAAGGUAGCAGUCGGGAAAUCUUAUUGAUUACUGGUGGCAAAGAUGAUGGUCGGUGGAUCAUUCCGGGUGGUGGCAUUGAGAAGGAUGAAAAUGAAUCGGAUGCUGCUUUACGUGAGGUUUUUGAGGAAGCUGGAGUUAAGGCGGAAAUUUUGGCUCGUGUGGGGGAGUUUAGGGAUGAAGAAAGACGGCAUCGGACAGUGGUAUUUCUGUUGACGGUUAAGGAAGAAUUGAAGGAGUGGGAAGAUGGCUGUUUUGGCCGACAGCGGGAAUGGGUAAGCCUAGAAGAAGCAUUGCGACGGGUGAAACAUUCGCAAACAUGUAUUAUUGAACAUAUUUGUAGGAUGUAGCUCAAAUUGACUUUUAUUGCUUUCAUCCGUUCUCACUUUAUUUAUUAUGGAAAGGUACCGGGAACGGCGCUUCAGGGAGGCAUUGGCUUUUGCGUCUUUUCAAAUUCAGAUACUACAUUGGAACUGAAUUCGAUUUUAGUGUAUCAUGUUUUGAGUGUGUCUCUUUUUGUUAUUACUUAUGAUUUUGUCUUGCUUUUGAUUUAUGUUAAAGUCGAUCUGGAGCGUAUUUUUGUUAGGCUACAUCCUUCGCUUCCGAAUGUCUUAUUUGACUGAAUAAAUUUUCGGAUGAAUCGGGAGGGUACCAUCCUCAUUUGCGUUUCAUAUCGGUGCUCUUAUUGCACUUCAACUGAGAGCUUCAAUAAUCAAAGAUGUGUAGUUCCCUGCUUAUUCAUUUUAUUUGAUCCUCUCUUACUGCGUAUUGCGAUCAA